AUGGAAUUGGUUGUUCCCCCUGACUCGUUCAAUAACGGACAGCAACUCCGAGGUGCCUGUGAGCCGACCAUCUCAUCGAACCUCGCGGGAAACACUCGACGCACUUCCCAGUCAAGCCGAGGGUCUGAAAGCUGUAUAGAUGCGUGCCAGGUUUCUGUGACCGAAUAUACGAUACACAAGGCCACCUUCCCGUACGCGGUCUUCACGGUCUUAGUGAAAUGGGGCCCAACCGAGCAGAUACAAGUGCUGAGACGGUAUAAUGACUUUGUGGAGCUGCGAUCUCUACUGGCGAUAUCCUUCCCCCCGCCCAUCAUUGCGGGGUUGGUGUUACCACGGAAACGAUGGUUUAAGCGCAACAAAUUCGAACCCGAGUUUAUGGAAGACCGGCAGAGAGGCCUGGAGACGUUCCUGAGACAGAUUGUGACCUCACCGGUCCUUUUUGGAGUUAAAGUGGUGCAGGACUUUUUAGGACCGGGCUGGAAGAAAGCCCCGCCUUUGCGAAAGCUGCAAUCUAGAAACAAUUCGCCCAAUAUGAGCCCUGCGAGCCUGAAAAACGGGCGUCAUGUGAACCACACAGUCAGUAACUUAGGCCAAGGCAAACGCGCGCAAUACGCACCAGCACCAGAGAAGAAACUUAGUAGCAGCGACACGGCUCAGCGCGACGGAGCCAGCCCACACACCCCACCGGCCAAGCCCCCGCACUCGACCGUGGACGUGGUCGCGCAUAGUAAGAAUAACGGGUGCGCGUACACGCAGAGAAGCUCGAGAAAUAGCACAGACAAGGCCGUGGAGAGUGUGCCUGUGGACACGAACACAGCCGAGAGUAGCGGCAAGGAGGAGUCGACGUCACCCACCCGGUCGUGGGGCGAGGGGCUGACGUCACUGUUCAGCCGAGAUCGCGAGAAAGACAAGGCCAGUGACCAAGACACAGAUAUGAAUAAUAACAGCGGUAACCAUAGCAACAGCAGCAGUAAUAAUAUGAGUAUAAACACUAAUCACACGGACGAGUAUAGUAAGGGUGCACCCGUCACGGGAUCGGCAGACCACAUAGACGUGUCAAAGCCGCCAACCCCGCCAAAGCGCACGAUGCUGCUGUCUGGGUUUCUACAACCAGCAAACAAGUACAGGACCAACUCGCCAACAUCGCCGAGGCUCGGCGCCCCAAAUAACAACCGGAAAACAAGUGAAAGUGGAUACAACCAAGCCUCCCCCCGAAGUUCGCCUCUGGGAGCUAGGCGUAACUCCACAGACAACCAGAACACAGUACGCAGACAACACCACCACCACCACUCACGCAUACGCAAACUCCCCAUACCCCCUACACUGACGUCGGGUUUGGCCCAUCCCAUAUACGUGGCCAUUAAUCCGAAGGUGUUGAGCUUACGGAGAAUGUUCGAUACCGAGAAGGGCAGUGUGAAGCACGGGACCCCGCCGACCGGGGCUACGGCGUUACAGGGAGACGGUGAAAACCGAAGUUCGGUACCGAUUGCGCUGCCGCCGGAUGGUUUUUUCGACGAUGUGUUCCCUACUGGAGAUGUGAUCAUGAAACAGCAGAACUUUCAGAAAGAAUACUACUCGCGGCGCUUCAAGAAAAUGAAGGACCCGGCCAAGUUAUACCGUCCAAAUGUACUCUCGGUGCGGAAUGAGAGGGGGUUCCGAUGAAAUACUUGAAAAUGCCAAUUUAUUUAGCUUAAAACGUGCAGCCUUAUGGAUCGGCUCCGACCCGAUUGUCCAAAAAAAAAAACACACACACACAGAAAAAUUAGUUUAAAAGUAAAAAAUAAAAUAAAAUAGAUGAGGUAAGAGA